UUGGUGGUGAAGCAGUCUGAAGUAAAAGAGAAAUGGUGAGAGGGAGAAGACAAAGUCAACGCAGGAAGAAACUGAUCAUCCUUCGAGGUUUGCCAGGAGUUGGAAAGACAACGAGGGCAAAAAACCUCUGUGAUGAAUAUGCAAGACUUGGACUGGAAGCAGAAAUUUUCUCCACUGACAGGUACCAUGAAAGUACCAACUACACCAAAGGAAACUUUCAACGCAACCAUCAGCAGAAUAGAGAGGAUGUUUUUAAAGCCUUGAACAGAGGUGUGGAUCUGAUCAUCGUUGACAACACAAACAUUUCUCUUUGGGAGAUGUGGCCCUAUAUCCACAUGGGGAUGCGACAGGGUGAAUAUUACAUCACUAUGAUGGAGCUGCCUAAAGGCUAUCCUCAGAACUAUAUCUCCAUCAACAAGCUGUACAGCUGUUGUAGGCAUAAGAUCCCCAAGCGUAAGUUCAGGUCCUUUGAGGCUCGCUGGGAAGACGCUUACAACAUCUGGCAUGUACUUAACGACAGCUACUCCAUAAACCGCUGGGAGCAAUGCGAAGAGGAAUGGAACGUCCAGUGAUGAAGACAUGCUGGCCCCCCCCCCCCCC